CCGCUCCAAUAUUCUCUGCUGUUCUCUACCACCUCUCCAGUUCUGCCUACCAGCACCUUCAACUAGCCACCACCUAAUAUGGUCAAGGUUUACUUCGUCUCUGCUGUGCUUGCUGUGUUUGCCCUGAAUGCAUCCACCAACGCCACUCCACUUGGUGACACUAACACCAACGCAUCUGCUGCAAUCUUCUCUCGUCCGCCAGUCGCUCUCCCCUGGGGAUUCAACGCCGAUGCCUUUGGUCAUCUGCCAAAUGGUGUGAAGCACAUUCUCUUGGCCAGGCCUGGCAUUAUCCGUCGUAAUGACGAUGGGAACAUCACCGGCAACGAUGAUGACCAUGCCAGUGGCAGCGAUGAUGACGAUGCGAAACCUGUCCUAUCAACUCAACCUGAGCCAGUCCCAGUAGCUCCCGCCGCUAUCCGCCGCUGCCCGCAUCCCAAAGGGAAUACUAAGGACAACAGUGGUCACGGCAACGUUACAAACGAUAAACAUGACAAUAUUGAGCGCCAGGGCGAUGUCAGCGACGGUUAUGUCAGUGGGGGUCAUGUCAGCGCCGGCAAUAGCGCAGGCAACGAUACGGACAGCGGCAACUAGGUUGGCAAGUCUAGGUUUGGCCAUGUCCAGUUCACCAGCUCUUCGAUAUAGCUGGUUCACUUUUUGAUUUUGUGAGAUUUCAAAAUGUGAAUCUCGUUAAAUGUUGGCAUGAAGGCUGCCUGGACGAUUGCAACCACUCCUGCUAUUGUCUGCAGCCCAGCCAGCACUGCUAACGAGGCUGACAGUGUCAUCUGCUCAUUAUUGCAACUGCUGAAAGAAGCCCGUGGAAUCUGCUAGCGACAAA